UGAGUCGAGGUGGGUGAUAUAGGUAAUUUUUGCCCCACACCGGAAUAUGUAAAAUUUCGCCUUUCAGCCACGCUUUCUACUAUAACCCCACCAAAACUUGUCGACAAAGAGAAGAUCAACGACAAGCCGACUUCAAUUCUCCCUGCAGUUCCGUCGACAUUUGUGGAUAAGAAAUCGCGCCCGACAACAGGGAUUAUCAAAAUGGCUGCCCAAACGAAGCACGACUGGGCGGACGACGAGGACCUCGAUGAUACGACAGCGACGGUCGAUCUCCCACCGCCUCAAAAGAUCACCAACAAAGACGGCAGCUCGACCAUCAUCGAGUACCGGUACAAUGACAACGGGCAAAAGGUCAAGACCACACGGCGGAUCCGCUUCAUCACGCAUCGCGAGGUGGUGAGCCCCCGCGUGGCCGAGCGCAAGACGUGGGCCAAGUUCGGCGCGAGUGCAAAGGAUGGCAACGGCCCGGCUGCCGAUACCACGAGCGUCGGCGAGAACAUCAUCUUCAAGCCAUCUGUAAACUGGCGCAAGGAUGCCAAGGACGAGGUCAAUGACCCCAACGCCCAGGCCAUGAAGGACAAGCUCAAGGACAAGAAGGUGAAGUGCCGUAUUUGCAACGGCGAGCAUUUCACCGCCCGCUGCCCUUACAAGGACACCAUGGCCCCGAUAGGCGAGGGCGUCGACACGGCAGACGUCGCCGCCGGCAUGGGCGACGAGCCUAUUGCCCAGGGCCCCGGUGCGGCGGGUGCCGGCAAGAAGGGGUCUUACGUCCCGCCUGCGCUGCGUGGCGAUCGCGCUGGUGCUGGUGCCGCCGGCGACCGGAUGGGUGGUAAGUACGGCGAGCGGGACGACCUCGCCACACUCAGAGUUACAAACGUCUCCGAAAUGGCCGAGGAAUCGGAGCUGCGCGAUAUGUUCGAGCGGUUCGGCCGCGUUACUCGCGUCUUCCUGGCAAAGGACCGCGACACUGGUCUUGCGAAGGGCUUUGCGUUUAUCAGCUUUGCGGACCGCGAGGACGCUGUCAAGGCAUGCAACAAGAUGGACGGCUGGGGCUUCAAGCACCUCAUCCUGAGGGUGGAGUUUGCGAAGAAGGCGGCGUAAGAUUGUGCCGGAGGAUGAUGGGGAUGAGCUGGCUACAGUGGAGGAGCAUAUCAUCAACGAGAUGUUGCCUACUCGGACUGUGGAAUCGCAAGGCGAUAUCGCAAAGAAGCCACCGAAAACAGUACUCGAAGUCAUUCUGGCUGUUGGGUGUGGUUAUGUGAUGGGGCUGCACUUAUUAAGCUGGCGGCGUCCAUAGCAAAUGCUGGGUAGUAAUAUGGCUACUAUUCCUUCCUUACUCUUCCUGGUAGGAAAGUAUAUUGUGAAAUAAAUGACUUGUGUGGUUGCAGCAGUUUGAUUUUGCUUCUCUACUGUGACAGCAUACCCACCGACAAAAGAAGCCAGACACCGACCAUAUUAAAUAUAUAUGCAGCUCAGAAAUUUAAGGGAUAGGAUAGAUAGGCACACAGCGAGAGUGUAUUUGGAG